UCAAGAAUUUGGUCCCCAGAAAAAAAUGCAUUAACCCUAGCGUACAUGUAUCGACGUCCGGAGCGGCCGAACGACGGAUCAAAAAUUUCUGAAGCGAUCGAUCUAUUCCUACGCCCUCAGCAGUUUAUCAUCCGCAAGCUCUGAUGGAGUUGAGAUCAGGUCGUCGCCUGCGUUCCUCCCAGCAGUUACGCAGCCCAGGCGGCGGCGGCGGGCCCGAUCGCAUCAGUGCCCUCUCCGACGACAUGCUUCUCCUCAUCGUCGGCCGAAUCGGAUGCGCCGUCGACGCCGUGCGCACCACCGUCCUGUCCCGCCGAUGGCGCGGCAUCUUCGCCCUCCACUGGGCCACCGUGAGCGAGAUCGUCUUCCGCGACGUCGCCUUCUCGUCCCUUGAAGCGGCUCUCAGCCGCGUCUGUCUCUGCCACCCUUCUACCGCUGUCUACUACCUCCGGACCCGCGUCCACGGCACCUGCAUCCCCGAUGAGCGUGCGCACAGCUCGCUUCUUCGCGCCGCUUCACGGCUCCGGGCUAGGGAGUUCAGCGCCAGCCUCUCCUCACACGCAGGCACAGGCCUCUGCGAAGGCUCGACCUUUGUAGGCGGGUGCUUCCACAACCAGCUACCGGGCUCUGUCCGCGCCACAUGCCAUGUUUAUCUUAGACCUGGAUUAAUACAUGGCGGCCAAAAUUGUCCGUCAACAUGAUUUUUCAUGCUCAUGGACGAGGCCAUUCUUUCUAAUGCCUGUCAACUGGUUUUCUGGAUGCACAUAUUGUUCUCUGGUUUGGGGAUUUUGCCUAGCUGCUAGCUGUCUGCUUUGCAGCGCAGCUAUAGGCUACGAGUUCUCACUCCCAGUAUUGUUUAAUUGUGGAAGUUUAUUUUUCCGAAUCUAUGAGUAAUGUGCUUCAAGUGAUCC